AUGGCUCCAUCACCUGUUCAGAGUAUUUUAUAUAAUUAUAUUGUAAUAGUUGCAGGAAUCUUUCUACUGGUCCGAUUUCACCCACUCACAACUAUCAAUAAUUAUAUUUUAACAACUAUAUUAUGCCUCGGAGCCCUAACCACAUUAUUUACAGAUAUUUGUGCCCUCACCCAAAAUGACAUCAAAAAAAUUGUCGCUUUCUCCACAUCAAGCCAACUAGGCCUGAUAAUAGUAACACUAGGGAUAAACCAACCAUAUUUAGCAUUUCUACAUAUCUGUACCCACGCAUUCUUCAAAGCCAUGCUCUUUAUAUGCUCUGGCUCAAUCAUUCAUAGCCUGGCAGAUGAACAAGAAAUCCGAAAAAUAGGAAACAUCACAAAAACCAUACCAUUCACCUCAUCAUGCCUAGUAAUCGGAAGCUUAGCCCUCACAGGAAUGCCAUUCCUAACAGGAUUCUACUCAAAAGACUUAAUUAUUGAAGCAAUUAAUACCUGCAACACCAACGCCUGAGCCCUACUAAUUACACUAAUCACCACUUCUAUAACAGCUAUAUACAGUAUACGAAUCACUUAUUUCGUAACAAUAACAAAACCACGUUUUCCUCCCCUAAUCUCCAUUAACGAAAAUGACCCAGACCUCAUAAACCCAAUCAAACGCCUAGCAUUCGGAAGCAUCUUUGCAGGAUUUGUCAUCUCAUACAACAU